CUUACCUCAUGUGUUGCUCGCAUUUCGGGCUGGUCAGUUAAAAUGUUAAAACUAAUAGUAGUCGUGUUGUGUUUGGGGUUGGCCGUCGUUGCCGAUAUCCUACGUAUUCCAUUGUUAAAGCCCUGCAAAAUGAGGAGUCUAGAGAAUCGCGGCACGAUGCUAGCUGUAUUGCGUGGGAAGUACAAUUCAAGUCAUUCUAUAUCCUCAGAACAACUGAGCAAUUACGUCGACGAUGAGUACUAUGGACCUAUCACAAUUGGCACACCACCGCAGACUUUUAACGUUCUUUUCGAUACUGGCUCAUCGAACUUAUGGGUACCCAGAGCACCGUGCGAUGCCACCAAUAAGGCUUGCCAAAAACACAAUACCUACAACGCGAACGCAUCCAGUACAUAUCGGCCAAAUGGUAAAGCUUUCCGCAUAAAAUAUGGCAGCGGCAAUCUUACGGGUUACUUAGUUGAGGACACCGUGAGCGUUGCUGGUUUGGCCAUAAGCGGUCAAACUUUCGCCGUAGCAACCGCAGAGCCUGAUACCACCUUCGCCGAUACGAAAUUCGAUGGCAUACUUGGCAUGGCCUAUCAACAUUUAGCUAUUGAUAAUGUAGUGCCACCAUUUUAUAAUUUAUACAAGCAGGGUUUAAUCGACUCGCCUGUCUUUGCUUUCUACUUGGCCCGUAAUGGUACAUCGCGGAAAGGUGGCGAACUUACACUCGGCGGUGUGGAUCCGAAACACUUUGUUGGCAAACUCACGUAUGUGCCAGUCUCACGACAGAUGUAUUGGGAAUUCCAGAUGGAAUGGGUAAGCGUAGGUUUGACUAAAACCUGUUACAAUUGCUCCGCCAUUGCUGAUACUGGCACCAGCUUGAUUGCUGUGCCAACUCACCUUCAUAAGAAUAUACAAAACUCUAUUGGUGCUUUGCCCAAUAAAACGGGUGAAUACUUGGUGGAAUGCGCCAAUGUGGAUAUUCUGCCGCCGAUUUCGUUCCAAAUUGCUGGCACUACGUUUACUCUCAGCAGUGCUGAAUAUAUUGUUGAACUCGAAAAUAAAAAUGGUGAAAUUGUGUGUAUGUCGGCCUUCGAAGAUGGCGGCACAAAUUUCUGGAUUCUUGGUGAUGUCUUUAUUGGAAAGUAUUACACCGUUUUCGAUUGGGGCAACAACCGAGUUGGUUUUGGUUUGGCCGCAUGAAACGAAAAAGGUGGCACUUCAGUUUGGAGUGCCACCUGUCUCGGAGUUAUAUUGCCCAUUAUUGUGGGUGUGUGCGAGUAUGUGUAGUUUGUGGGUAAGGAAGACAUUUUUUAAAGAUAUUUAACAAAAUAUCAAAUAGGAGUGUUGAAGAGAAAUUUAGCGGUAUAUUAUAAUAAUUACGUAUACAUCUCAAUAUUUUGAUCAGUUCCGACUAUUUAUGUGUUUAUUUUUUUAUAAAAAAAUAUUAAAAAAAUAUUUAUAAAAAAUUGUAUACAGCGCACGCUCGAUAACGUGAACUAACUCAAACCACGUUUUGGAAUGCCCAAAAAGACUAAGUAAAUAUAUUUUUUCACAUUUAAAUUCACAUUUUAUUCUUGUUUUCGUUACAUAUAUAUUAAUUGAGAAUUAAGUCGUACGAUGGUUUUAUUUAAAAAAAAUCAGUUAUCUUUUUUCGCAUCUUCUGUUUUUCUAAAAUUUGAAGCACAGCGUUCUCCCUUAAUCGUCUUAGCACAAUCAUAUCAUCUAGAUCGACGUCUUCAUGACCAGCCCAUUUUAACGCCUUGUUGAAAAUUUCAACUACUUCAGUCGGCUUAAUUUUCUCCAGUUGCUCUGAUACGCUGUCGUUAUCGGUUUCGUCCUCUUGCUGAUGAUCGUCAUCUGCAUUGCCCUCCUUGAUAUCUUCGUUCAAUUCAUGAAUGGCUGGUAACGUGAAUUCAAUCUGAAAUUUUUAAUAAAAAAGUUUUUUCAUGCUAUCUUUGAGCAUAUCUACGAACACGAACGAGGUGCGAAGUUCAGCUUCCCAUUUUUCUUUUAAAACCGCCAACGGAACAUUAUGUUCGGGUUCAUCAUUGUUUACCGCAAAAUUUAAAAUACUGUUCCAGCAUUUAGCUAAUGUUAGUUCACCAACAAGAAACCAAGCCGCAUCCAAAAGAUUUAUAGCUGUUUUUAAGUUAAUUUUUUUCAACGACUCGAGCAAAUCAGACUUUGGCGCUGCUAUUGAAGCUAAGGCUAGAAGCCUGUUUCUGUAAUGCAACUUAGUGAUUUUUAUUGCAUUCUGUUCCAUCGGUUGAAUGACGGGAGUAACGUUUGGUGGCAUAAACAUUGCCGAAAUUUGCCCAUUCUCCGUUGCCAGUUCAGCUUCAUUUGGGUGAGAAGGAGCGUUGUCGAUUAGGAGGAGAGCUUUAAUUGGUAGGGCUUUCUCCUUUAAAAACGAUGUAACCUUAAAAAACAACCAGUUAACCAUAAAAAUCGGACAAAACUUAAAAGGAAUAUUUAUCUUUGGAACAAAUGACUCAUGAAACCAUUGUUUGAAAAUAGCCGACGUCAUCCAGGCGAAUUUCGAGCUCUUAUAGUCGGUGAGACACUGAAAGUUUUUAGAGCAGCGUGGAUUCUUCGCCUUUCCAAUUACCAAAAGCUUAAGCUUGUGGGAUCCAGUGGCGUUUGAAAAGCAUAAAAACGUGAUUCGCUGCUUCUCGAACUUUGCCCCUGGGGCUCUCUUCUCCAAACUGGACGCGUACGUUUUCUCUGGCAAAAGUCUCCAGAAUAACCCUGACUGAUCAGUAUUAUAUAACUGAUCGUUGCACAACUCCAAUUCGGCCAUUUUAGCUUUAAGUUUUUCUUUAAACAGAUCCACUAUCUGAGGUUGCGAAAGCAGCGACUGAACUAUUUUACUCCUUACAUGCAAUUACGAAAAAAAUGCCUAUUUUAUAAUUAGGGGAUUCGCCAAUUUCAGAAUUACUUGAGAUCAAUGUAAAGUAAGUACAUUCAAAUAAUUGUAACGUUUAUUGUUCAUGUUAUAGAGCUUUUUGGGUUUGUUCACGUUUUAGAGUAGUCAAUGCACAAAAAUGUCUGUUCACGUUUUGGGGUGUUCACGCUUUAGAGCGUUCACGUUAUCGCGCGUGCGCUGUAUUUUUAUAUUUUUUUCUAAAAUAUUUUUUUUCUAAAAAUGGUUCUUUUUUAAUCCAAUUUUAGUCUAAAUUUCAAACUUAGUACAACAUUUACAAAAUUCGUAAAAUUUGCAACAAAAUGUUUGCUCGGAAUUAAAAAAAAAAUUUAGUACACAGUUUUAUAGUCCCUUAAAUUUUAGCAUAAUAAAGUGCAAGUUUGAUGUGGCUCAAAAUUCUUGUUGAUUUCUGAUAAUUA